AAUCCAGUAACAAGAAGAGACCCUGAGUGCAGUCUCUCUCUUGAGAGAAACUAAAUGAAUAACCCAUGAAGGGUCCACUCUGCUCAUCCCAUCUCAUGCAUGGCUGCCAGCGCUACUCUACUGGCCGUCCUCUUUGACUGGCACGACGCAAAGCGAGGUGCCAAGGGCUUGCGGGAGCCGCUCGGCCUGUGGAAAAUAAAAGCUUGCGGGAGGUUUCGGCUGAUUGCAGACGCGUGAGGCAUGCUGGGCUGGAAGGAGGAAGUGCAGUGGGGAGGAGGGGAGGGACCGCGCAUCCCCAGCGCCGCCGCGCCGCCUCGGACUGCGCCACAUGGAGCGGUGCGCGCCUGGAACAGCUUCAUACUGCACCCGAGCCGAGGACUAACAGAGUACCUGCACAGGAUGGAGACCGAAGAGGCACAGGAAAUGUCCCAAAUAGCAGGGAGGGACAGCCCCACUACUAAUGAAGGGGCAGAAGAACAAGAGGAGGCCAUGCCUGUCCCAGAGGACCUGUCCACCAGCACAGGUCUCCAGCACAACAAUCGCACUGACAAACCAACAGCCUGCAAUAUAAAAGUUGAGGCUCGGAGUGAUGAGGAGAACGGGCUGGCCGCUGAGAUGAAUGGCGAGGAAGAGGAGUGUGUGGCCGAGGACUUGCGCAUGCUCGAUGGCUCAGGGGCCAAAGUGAACGGCUCCCACGCAGGCCCAGACAGCAAGCCAGCGCCCGCCUACCCUAUGGCCGGGGGCAUCCGCCUCCCCAAUGGGAAGCUCAAGUGUGAUAUCUGUGGAAUAGUUUGCAUUGGGCCCAAUGUGCUGAUGGUGCACAAGCGAAGCCACACUGGUGAAAGGCCUUUCCAGUGCAGUCAGUGUGGUGCUUCCUUCACUCAGAAGGGCAACCUCCUACGCCACAUCAAACUUCACUCUGGCGAGAAACCCUUUAAGUGUCACCUAUGUAACUAUGCCUGCCGCAGAAGAGAUGCUCUUACCGGACACCUUCGCACACAUUCUGUUGGAAAGCCCCACAAGUGUGCGUACUGUGGACGCAGCUACAAGCAGCGAAGCUCGCUAGAAGAGCACAAAGAGCGAUGCCACAACUACCUGCAGUGCAUGGGCCUUCAGAACAGCAUCUACUCAGUGAAGGAAGAGAACAGCCAGAGUGAGCAGAGGGAAGACUUAAACCUGGCUGCGUCUGAGAGAGCCUUGGUGCUAGACAGAAUAGCAAACAAUGUAGCUAAGCGUAAGAGCUCUAUGCCACAGAAGUUUAUAGGUGAGAAGCGCUUCUCUGACCUCUCAUUUGAGAGCAGCUCGGGUGAGAUGAUGCAGCCAUCAGCAGUGAUUGACCAGGCCAUCAACAGUGCCAUAAGCUACCUGGGAGCUGAGGCUCUGCGGCCGCUGGUUCAGACCCCACCAGGCUCCACCAGUGAUGUGGUUGUCAGCCCCAUCUACAACCUUCACAAGGCCCAAACGGCUGAGAGCAACGGCUUGUCAGCUAAAGAUAGUGCAGCCGAGAACUUGCUCCUGCUUUCUAAGUCCAAAUCUGCAAUGAGCGAGAAAGACGGCUCACCCAGUCACAGUGGCCAGGACUCCACUGACACCGAGAGCAACAACGAGGAGCGGGCAGCUGGGGGAGGAGGACCGGCGGCAAGUGGUCUCAUCUAUCUGACCAAUCAUAUGGCCCCAGGAGCACGAAAUGGAGCUUUGCCCCUGGUGAAGGAGGAGCAGAGGCACUAUGAGUCUCUGCGGGCAGUAGGAAUGGAGCUGGGCAUGGCAGUGGCUACAGAGGGCUUUAAAGUGCUAAGUGCUGAGGGUGAGGAAGUGAGGGCAUAUCGCUGCGUCCACUGCAGGGUGCUCUUCCUGGACCAUGUCAUGUAUACCAUUCACAUGGGAUGCCAUGGCUUCCGAGACCCCUUCGAAUGCAACCUAUGUGGCUACCGCAGUCAGGACCGCUACGAGUUCUCCUCACACAUCACACGUGGAGAACACCGCUACUGAGCACACACACACACACACACACACAGACACACACACACAGACACAGACACACAGACAUCUUAUGCAUAUCUUAUACAUAUCAAAUAUAUGUAUAAUUGUUUUUUUUAUAUAUUGUCUGAACACUGUGUGCAUGCUGAA